ACAAACAGUGCUGUCACUAUGUCGGAUUUGUCCGUUUUUGUAGGAUUUUCGAAGUGCUUGCAUGACAUUUGCAGGACGUAAGAUUUUGCAGGAUUUUUUAAUUUUUUGUCGGAUUUCUGACGACAAUUGAGACCACUGUGGCGCUGUUGUCUGGUGCUCUGAGGUGGUCUGAGCCUCUGACUCUGUAGUCUGUACUCUGAGUUUCUGAUCUGUGGUCUUGUGUUGUGAAUUUCAUCAUUUCUCUGUUUCUCUCCCUGAUUCUCUCCUCUCGUUUGACAGUUUGAGUUUGAGACUUGUUUGAGUCACGUGGCCAUUCUUUAUGUGCUUUUCUGCAAGAAACAUAAGAAUCAGAUAUAGAUAACGACAACGAGCACUGAAUAGAAAGAUAUGGAUGAGGAGUCUGAAGGUGAGAGUGGGUCCGAGAAUGAGAGUGAUUCAGGUUCAACCAACACCAACAGUGAUGUUCGCAUUCCUCUAAAAGUUGCAAGGGUAGGCCUAUAUGAUGAGAAGGAAACGUUAUUCAUUUCUGUUUGUAAUUUAUAUAUGUUUUCCAGGUUCAAGAUGAUUCUCAAAGCUGCGAAGAAGUUUCACAGCACAAAUCUCCCUCAAAAAAGGUGAAGAUGGGUUCACAUUCUUUUAACGAUGAGUUAUUUUAUUCAUGUUCUAAUUUUCAACUCUUUGCAGGCAAAAGCUAAAAGCACAAAAAGAAAGAAGAAAACUCGUGCCAGCUCACGUUUCCUUGAAAGAUGGAAACAUUCAAAUACUCAAAAGCACAUUCUUGCAAUGAAAACGGUUGCUAAUUAUUCGAAAGAAUCCCAACGUCUGUUACAAUACGUAAGCAGUGGUGAAGACAAGAAAGUUGUUUUAGCAACCAUCCGGUAGUGCCUUUUGAUUGCCGAGAAGAAUUUGUCAUUCAACCUUAUCGACUGGCUAAUUCCAACGUUAAAAGCAUCAUUCCCAGACAGCCUAAUUUUGGAAAAAGUGAUGAUGAGUCGUACUAAGUGUGGCAGUGUUAUGAGAUUUGGAAUCGGGAGCUAUUUGAUUUCAACAUUAGUUGAAACACUGAAUUCCACACCUUGGUCUUUAGUUAUCGACGAGACCACAGAUGUUUCCGUCAGUGCAGCACUUGCAAUAGUAGCACAGUUUUACAGUGCUAAAGACAAGCGUCUCAUGGUUAGUCUGAUAGAAAUUGCGAACUGUUGCGAUGCUACUGCCAUCGGUAUAACCGACACUGUUUUUGAAGUUUUUGAGAAGGUGGGCUUGAAAACUAGCAUGCUAGUUGGUUUUUGCGCCGACACCUGCAAUGCAAUGUUUGGUGCACACCACUCUCUGGCAACAAUUCUUCGUGAACAAAUUCAGUCCAUUGUAACUGUGAAGUGCAACUGUCACAUGAGUCAUUUAUGUUCGCAAAAAGCAUCGCUUGAAUUGCCGAAAAUUUUUGAAGACGUGGUUCGUGGAACAUGCACUCAUUUUUCUCGGAGUCCCAAAAGACGAGAAGCGUUUAAACAAUUUCAAAAACUCGUCGAAUGCGAAGAACAUAUGCUGAUAUCACCAGGUCAAACACGAUGGCUAACUCUGGAGUAUGCAGUAGUCCGUGUAUUAGAGCAAUACGAUGCUUUGGUGGAUUAUUUUCGCGAUUUGUGUGAGACAGACCCAACGACUGCGAAUGACGUUAUUUUGUGUGGACUCGAAGAUCCUUUUAUUAAAAUCUACCUGGCAUUCAUGAGCUAUGCUUUAAACCAGUUUAACGAGUUCAACACUUUGUUCCAGUCCCAAAUACCUCUCUUUCAUUUGAUCAAACGAGAACACAGCAGACUAAUCAAUAUUUUCGCUCGCAAUUUCAUGGAAGAGGAAUAUGUGAAUUCGGUGAAUCCCUUACUUCUGAAUCCGUUGGAAAGUGUUAAGUACUUGCCAGAGCCUGAAAUUUAUCUUGCAGCAGUGGCAAUCCAGCCAUUAAGUCAACAUGAUGCAGCUGCCCAUGCACAACAAAGGGCGGUAAUUGAAAAAUUGGAGAAGGAUCUAAAGCCACUGCGUCACAAUUGCAAAAGAUGGUUCAUUGUGACUAUCCAACAACUUCAAGAAAAAUUUGAUUUCAGGGAUCCUAUCUACAAGAUUACGGAGCUUUUUGAUCCAGUGAAUGCCAGAUCGUUGAAACCAAAUUCUCUGACCUUAUUGUUCAGGCGAUUUCCAAACUUAAACACCAUGUGUAACCGCCAAAAGGCGGACAACGAAUGGCGUGACCACGCUUCCCUCCCACCUUCUUUAUUCAAAGUCGAAACUUCAGAUGAAGUUAAAAAGUUGUCAGUUGAAUCGUAUUGCGGCUUGCCCUUUUCAAACGCCAUUGCCGAAAGAGCAUUCAGCGUGGUAGACCAAGUCAAAACCCCUCUCAGAAACAAUUUGCACAAUCUGUCCCUCUCCAGUCUUAUUUUGGCGCAGCAAUGGUUGAAAAACGAACAAGCUUCAAGCGCAUCCAUCGAAGUUCCUGAAGGGAUGGUUAAAGGCGCCUUAAAAGUCAAAGCCAGUGCCACCAUUAACUAA